GAACGACUCUUGCCUCUCUUCCUCCUUGUGUUUUCUCUUCCAAUUUCAUUGCAUAAAGGGUUCACUGCGGAUCAUCUUGCGCUUUGUAGACUCCCCUCUAUUGCAAAACAUAUCACCAGCUCACCAGGCGGAUCUUGUACAACCAGCUCCCUUGAUCGAGCCAUCAACACAGUUGCGAUGUCUUGGCCAAUCGAUCUCAAUGCAAAGCCGGUGCCGAGGCCGACGCCGCAGCUGCCCGACUCGGUCAUGCAAAUGUUCUCAAUGAAGGGCAAAGUGGUAUGCAUCAGCGGCGCCGGAUCAGGCAUCGGCUUUGCCGUGGCAGAAGCGAUGGCCGAGGCGGGCGCGGACGUCGCGAUCUGGUACAACUCAAACAAGAGCGCAAUCGAGAAGGCGGAGAACGGUCUGGCGAAGAAGUUUGGCGUCAAGGCCAAGGCGUAUCAGUGCGGCGUGACCAAGUUCGAGGACGUGGACCGCACGAUCAAAGAGGUAGAAAAGGACUUUGGUCGCAUUGACGUCUUUAUCGCCAACGCCGGCGUCGGAUUCCCAGGCGGCAUUCUCGAGCGCAGCCUUGAGGACUGGCACAAGAUCAUCGACUGCAACUACAAUGGUGUCUACUACUGCGCCAAGUCGGUUGGCGAGAUCUUCAAGAAGCAAGGCAAGGGCAACUUUAUCAUUACCUCUUCCAUGAGCGGCCACAUCGUCAACGUCCCGCUGGACCAGGGGUGCUACAACUCGACCAAGGCAGCAGUCAGGCACCUGGGCAAGUCGCUCGCGCGCGAGUGGCGCGACUUUGCGCGCGUCAACUCUGUCUCACCGGGGUUCUUCGACACGGACCUAGGUGCGGCGCCGCAGGUGCAGGUACAAGCGUUCAACAGUGCCGUGCUCGGCAGGCAGGGUGACGUCAAGGAGCUCAAGGGCGUCUACUUGUACCUCGCGAGCGACGCGAGCACGUUCACGACCGGCUGCGAUAUCAUUGUCGAUGGCGGCUACACGCUGCCAUGAGCAGCGGAAAAGGGCGCCGUUGGCUUGCAAGGGCGGUUCAAAAGCUGGGAGUUCGAAACUUGACAGGAGGGAGACAUGGGUGGAAACGAGUAGAAUAUUGCGUGUGUUUGAGCUUCCAAUGCAAUCCAUGAAACGGCGGGGCCGAACAAGCCUGCAAACGUGCCAUAUCCCAGGUUC